UCUUCUCUCCUUUGUUAUUCAAGCUCUUCAAAUCCUCCAAGAUGCAGAUCUUUGUGAAGACCCUCACCGGAAAGACUAUCACCCUUGAGGUGGAAAGCUCAGACACCAUCGACAACGUUAAGGCUAAGAUCCAAGACAAGGAAGGAAUCCCCCCGGACCAGCAACGUCUGAUCUUCGCUGGGAAGCAACUCGAGGACGGCAGAACCCUAGCUGACUACAACAUCCAGAAGGAAUCCACCCUUCACCUUGUUCUCCGUCUCAGGGGAGGCAUGCAGAUCUUCGUCAAAACCUUGACGGGCAAAACCAUCACCCUUGAGGUUGAGAGUUCAGACACCAUUGACAACGUCAAGGCCAAGAUCCAGGACAAGGAAGGUAUUCCCCCAGACCAGCAGAGGCUGAUUUUCGCCGGAAAGCAGCUCGAGGACGGCCGAACCCUCGCCGACUACAACAUCCAGAAGGAAUCCACCCUUCACCUUGUGCUCCGUCUCAGGGGAGGCAUGCAGAUCUUCGUUAAAACCUUGACGGGCAAAACCAUUACUCUUGAGGUUGAGAGUUCAGACACCAUUGACAACGUCAAGGCCAAGAUCCAGGACAAGGAGGGUAUCCCCCCAGACCAGCAGAGGCUCAUCUUCGCCGGAAAGCAGCUCGAGGACGGCCGAACCCUCGCAGACUACAACAUCCAGAAGGAAUCCACCCUUCACUUGGUUCUUCGAUUGAGGGGAGGCAUGCAGAUCUUUGUCAAGACUCUCACUGGUAAAACCAUUACCCUUGAAGUCGAAAGCUCAGACACCAUUGACAACGUCAAGGCCAAGAUUCAAGAUAAGGAGGGUAUUCCCCCAGACCAGCAGAGACUCAUCUUCGCUGGUAAGCAGCUCGAGGAUGGCCGCACUUUAGCUGAUUACAACAUCCAGAAGGAAUCAACCCUUCACUUGGUGCUGCGUCUUAGGGGUGGUAUGCAGAUCUUCGUGAAGACCUUGACAGGGAAAACCAUCACCUUGGAGGUGGAGAGCUCCGACACGAUUGACAACGUGAAGGCUAAGAUUCAAGACAAGGAGGGCAUUCCUCCUGACCAGCAGAGGUUGAUCUUCGCUGGUAAACAGCUUGAAGAUGGGAGGACUCUGGCGGAUUACAAUAUCCAGAAGGAGUCGACCCUACACCUUGUGCUGCGUCUGAGGGGUGGUAUGCAGAUUUUUGUGAAGACCUUGACUGGGAAAACGAUUACCCUUGAAGUGGAGAGCUCCGACACUAUUGAUAAUGUGAAGGCGAAGAUCCAGGAUAAGGAGGGUAUCCCUCCUGACCAGCAGAGACUCAUCUUCGCUGGUAAGCAGCUUGAGGAUGGCCGCACACUUGCUGAUUAUAACAUCCAGAAGGAGUCUACUCUCCACCUUGUGCUUCGUCUCCGUGGUGGGUUCUGAAUUCAAUUCGUACGAGGUGUUUGAUGGAUGGUGAUGGAUGUUUGCUAUUUGAAUAAAGAAGUCGUCUUCUGAUGUUU